CGUGGAGUCAGAUUGUGCAGAAAGAAAGAAAAAUAAACCUCCAUCAAAAAUAUAUAAAAUUGUCUCCAUAUCAUUUUUAACUAAUUUAAGACGAUGGCUGCCAAUUCAAAGAAAAAGGUUAGAGUUUACGAAAAGAAGAAGCACAAUCCGGAGACAGAAAUAAUCGCAAAGCUUCAAAGUAAAUACGAAAAAAUCGAUGAGACACAAAUAAAAAAAUUCUACGAUUUGCCAUUGUCCAUACAAACUAUAAAGGGCUUGAAGGAAAGCGGUUAUAUCAAGCCGACCGACAUACAAAAGCAAACUAUUGGCCUUGCGUUACGAGGUUUCGAUAUUCUUGGUCAAGCCAAAACUGGCAGUGGAAAAACACUGGCUUUUCUAAUACCGGUAAUAGAGACAUUGUACUGCAAAAGAUGGACGCGAAUGGACGGUCUCGGUGCACUCAUAAUUACGCCAACGAGAGAACUUGCGUGCCAGAUUUUUGAGACUCUGCGAAAAGUUGGUCGUUAUCAUUCCCUCUCGGCAGCUUUGGUGAUUGGUGGAAAAGAUUUACGUUAUGAAAGAGAAAGAAUGGAUCAAUUUAGUAUCUUAGUUCUGGACGAAGCGGACAGAUGUUUGGACAAGGGCUUCGAAGAAAGUAUGGACGCGAUAAUUGAAAAUUUCCCGGAAAGUCGUCAAACUCUUUUAUUUUCAGCUACGCAAACUAAAUCUAAAGCAGAAUUGAGUAGAUUGAGCCUCAAAGAUCCAAUUUACGUAUCCGUUCACGAAAAAGCGACACACGUCACGCCUGAACAUUUGCAGCAAGUGUAUGUGGUUUGCAAUUUGGAAGACAAAAUGACGAUGUUGUAUUCUUUUCUGCGAAAGCAUCUCCGGCAAAAAAUCAUUGUAUUCUUUUCAACUUGCAAGCAGGUGAAAUUUAUGUACGAAGCAUUCCGACGACUGACUGAAAAGUGUGCGAGGAUGAUAAAACUGAUACCCCUGCAUGGACAAAUUCAUCAACUCAAAAGAAUAGACAUUUAUCAAACGUUUUGUAGGAGACAACAUGCAGUUUUGUUCGCGACUGACGUUGCGUCGCGCGGUUUAGACUUUCCUGAUGUCGAUUGGGUUGUACAAAUGGAUUGUCCGGAAGAUGUGAAUGCUUACAUCCACAGAGCGGGAAGAACAGCAAGAUUUAAAAGCGGUGGAAAUUCUUUAUUGGUUGUACUGCCCAGCGAGGAAAAUAUAAUCGACCAAUUGGCGAUUCGCGGAAUUCCAAUUUCCGAACUAAAAAUUAGGCCCAGUUAUUUGCAAUCUCCAGAACAAGAAUUAGCAGCUCUUCUCGCUCGAAAUUCUGAGCUCAAGCAAACUGCCCAGCGAUCUUUUCUCGCCUACAUUAAAUCGGUCAUGAAAAUGAGAGAUAAGAAGAUUUUCAACCUACACGCUCUCGACACUGAUGCAUUUUCUAAAUCCCUAGGUUUAACGAUACCUCCGCGAAUCCGAGUUCUAGCAAGAAGGGAAAAAGCUAGUCAAAAGAAAAUUGAAAAGGAAGAUGAUGAAAGCUCCGAAGAGGACGAAGAAGAAGAAGAAGAAGAAUCUGUUCCAACUGAAAGUGACGAUGAGGGGGAUGUUUUGACUAUCAAGAGAAGAGACAUUGAUAUCGAUAUUUCGGAUGAAGAAUUUCAAAUAAAUGAAGUCAAAGACGGAAAAGAGAAAAUUCUGAAACCCGUGACGAAAGCAGCUGUAGCUAAAAAAAUGUUGAAGAAGAAGAUCGUUCCAAAUAAAAAAAUCAAUUUCGACGAGGAUGGACAGGAAAUCCUGGAUCCCACGAAAUCGAAAGUAUCAGAACGGGGAAGAGAGUAUGAUCAGCAGACGGGGUCGGGAAUUAAUAUAGAACUCGCGAAGGAAACUUUGCGCCAGGAAGACGCUUUCGAUAAAGAGCUGCACAGGAAGAAAAUUAGGGAGAGGAAGAGGGAAGCGAAACGGAAGUUGAAAGAGCAAAGGAAAUUAGCUAGCCAGGAGGAAGAAGAAGAGGGAGAAGAAGAAGGAGAAAAAGAAGAGGAAAGCGAGGAAAACGAAGAGGAAGAUUCUGCGGAUUCCGAUGGCUACGUGAUGCCUGAUCCGGAUGAGAUUUAUGGAAAAAGGACGGAGAGUGAGGAAGAUAAUGAUGAUGGUGAUUUGGUGUAUCGAAAGAAGGAGGGCGAGUUUGUUAAACGGAAAGUGGUGAGCAGCGAUAGCGAGAGUGGUAGCGAAAUCGACGAGCAUGAAGAUAAGAUACACAGGCUGCCGAAAAGGAAAUUAAAGACAAGCAAGGACGACAGGACGUCGAAGAAAAAGCGGGAAUUGCCGUCAGUGAGCAAGAAUUUGAGAGCAGACGAAGAAUUAGCUUUACAAUUACUGCGACAUUGAAUUAUAAAUUGCAAACAUCGUAAGCAACAUUUAAAAUUAAUUAAUUACAAAAUUCAGCAAAGUGUUUACAAUUAUUUUGUACUUUGGUUGACCCAGAUUUAAUGUUAUUGUUACAAUAAAAAAAGAAAUGAUGGUUU